UGUAUAUUGCUAGACUAAAAUAUCUCCAAACUACAACUGCAGAGGAAUAAUGAAAGUGAACUGUUCGAAACCACUGCUAUUAUUCUAUUUAGCUGUAAUUCAUCUUGUUAUUCCCACGGCUGCCCAAUACUGUUAUGACACCGGUAACUACACCAGUAACAGUACCUACAGGGCAAACCUCAAUACCCUCCUGGCCUCCACGUAUUCCAACACCGAAAUCGCUUAUGGGUUUUACAAUUUCUCUGCUGGUGAAUCUCCCGACAAAGUAAACGCGAUUGUACUCUGCAGAGGAGACGUUUCGACCGAUGUAUGCCGUACUUGUAUCAAUGAGUCAAGUAGCACCCUAUUGCAGUCUUGUCCAAACCAAAAGGAGGCAAUAAUUUGGGCUGAGAAAUGUGUACUUCGAUACUCGCACAGAUCCAUAUUUAAUAUGUUGGAUACUGACCCUUUAUUAGGCUAUUACAACAUAGGAGAUGUUCCAGACGUAGAAGCUUUCAACAAGGUGCUAAGACCCUUGUUAGAUAGCCUAAGAAACCGUACUGCAUCAGGAAACUCUACUCACAAGUUUGCUCUACAGAGUGUGCCUGUCCCAAACUUCGAAACCAUAUAUGCACUACUGGAGUGCACCCCUGAUUUGAGCAGACUGGAUUGCAACAACUGCUUGUCUCAGGUUCAGGUUUAUAUACCACAAUGUUGUAAUGGAAAGCAGGGAGGGAGAUUUGUAACACCCAGUUGUGAUAUAAGGUAUGAGAUAUACUCUUUUUAUGACCCUGCAGCCGAGCCACCACCAUCACCACUGCCACCACCACCUCCGCCACUAGUCCCAUCUGCUGCAUCCCCACCACCAGAAUUGCCUACAACUACACAAGGUAUAUAAGCACUGAUGUUUCAUGACUUAAAACUUAGAAGUUAACUUAUUUUCUUGGUUUAAUUAUCUAUUUUUCGAUUUGUAUAA